UGUUUUUCCAAAUAUCAUUCAUUUAUUAAAAAACAUUUAUUGUAACAAAACAAGAAUCAAUAAUAAAUAGUCAUUGUAAGUGUAAUUGAUGUCAUAAGAUUAUCUUGGACAUGCAAUGUAUUGCUCUUAUUUAUGAUGACUAGCAAAUCGGAGGGGAUGAUAAAUGUGAGGAAAGUCGUCAUUUGUGCUAUGCUGUAACAGAAUCGUAUUGCUAACAGUGCAGUGUAAUAAAAAAUUGCGCAUCCAUUAAUUCAACUCAAGUGGUGCAAAUGUACUCAGAUCAUAAAAAUCAAGAAAUAAAUUUUUUAAAAUCACCUGUUAGGAUAAAUUCAAAGUGUCCUAGAACUUAAUUUUGUCAGAACUUUUCCAAUAUGAGACUCAUAAGUUUAUUUUCAAUUUUUUUAUUAAUUAUUUUAACGAGCUUAGAGCUACCAAAAUGUCAGGGUAGCAGAAUUUUAGGGAUUUUUCCUCUAAACGGCCGCAGUCAUAUGGUCAUGUUUGAAGCUUUAAUGAAGGGAUUAGCUCGUCGUGGUCACCAGGUUGACGUAGUCAGUACAUUUCCUCAAAAAAGACCCUUUCCAAACUAUACAGACAUUGUUAUACCUGCUGCUUUGCCAAAACUUGUCAAUAAUAUGUCAUACCAGUUCUUGGAAUCUGUGUCUACAAAAAGUAUGGUGCAUUUUGUAGCUACAAGCGCUGGUAAUUUAGUUUGUGAAAAAGGAUUGGAAACUCCUGAGUUGCAAAAACUUAUUAAAAAUCCACCUCAGCAGCCACCUUAUGAUCUUGUUCUUACAGAGAUAUUUGGUGCUCACUGUUUUAUGGCAUUUGGUCGCCACUUAAAUGUCCCGGUAAUAGGGUUGAGUUCCUCAGCUCUUUAUCCUUGGGGAAAUGAGAUGAUAGCUAACCCUCCGAACCUUGCUUUUAUUCCUAAUAAUAUGCUUCCGUUUAUGGAAAACAUGAGUUUUUGGGAUAGACUAUAUAAUGUUGUUCACCAUUAUUGGUCUGUUAUCACUUUUAACUACUAUGCAUCACCUCAAGAUGAGAUAGUAAAAAGACACUUUGGAUCCAAUAUGCCAGGAGUUAGACAACUGCAACACGAGUUGGCACUUAUUCUCGCCAAUUCCCAUAUGUCCCUGAAUGGUGUGAAACCAACCACUCCAGCUCUUGUUGAAGUUGGUGGGCUCCAUAUUCAGAACGACGAUCCAGAGAUCCCAGCUGAUCAUAAAAAGUGGCUCGAUGAAAGCACUGAUGGUUUCAUCUACUUUACUUUCGGAUCAAUGGUAAUGAUAGAAACUUUUCCUAAAUCUUAUCUGGACAUUCUCUACAAAUCACUUGGAAAGAUUGCUCCAGUUAGAGUAUUUAUGAAAGUUCCACAUCCUGAGUUAUUACCUCCUGGUCUUCCUAAAAAUAUUAGGACUUUUUCAUGGAUGCCACAGUUAAAAGUUUUACAGCACAAAAAUAUUCGAGCAUUUAUCACUCAUGGAGGAUUAAUGGGUACUCAAGAAGCAAUUUACACUGCAGUUCCUAUGAUAGGAAUGCCCUUAUUUGCUGAUCAAUUUUUAAACAUCGAUGUUUAUGUACAAAAAAAAAUUGCAGUACGUUUAGACUAUGAAGGUUUAACGGAGGAAAAAUUUGAUGCAGCUCUUCACGAAAUCCUUACCAAUCCUCUCUACAGGGACACGAUAAAGGUAUUCUCCAACAGGUUCUUAGAUAGACCAUUGAGCCCUAUAGAUACAGCUUGCUACUGGGUUGAAUAUGUUAUCAGACACGGUAAUAAGGCACUUAGGUCUCCAGCGCUCGAUUUUUCUUGGUGGCAAGUGGCACUUCUUGACGUUUAUGUUACGCUGCUAAUAGCUGCUACUUUAGCAGCAUUUAUUGCAAUAAUUCUCAUGCAAUUUUUAUUACAUCGUCUAUUCAAUCGAUCUAGUUUACCUUAUAGCAAGAAAAUCAGCAUAAAAAUGUCAGUGAGUUUAUUUAUGCUAUUUGUAUGUAUUUCGAUAUUUCCCACUGAGUCGUAUCGAGUAUUGGGAAUAUUUCCAUUCCAAUCGAGAAGUCACCAGAUGAUGUUUGAUGCUAUUGCUAAAGGACUUGUAAAAAGAGGUCACCAGAUUGAUGUUAUGACAGUUUAUCCACUGAAAAAACCUAUUCCAAAUUAUCAUGUUAUUGUGAAUUUAGAGAAUAUGACUGAAAGUCUUGUAAAUAAAUGGGAUGUUAAAUUUGCAUCAGAGCUUGGUGAUGAUACCUUGCCUAUCAUUGCACUUCCGUUUGGUAAUGGACUCUGUGAAUUGUUGGGUCUUCCAGAGAUGCAACAAAUUAUUAAGAAACCGCCUCAAGAUCCACCUUAUGAUCUUGUUAUUGUUGAGUCAUUUGGAGCAAAUUGUUUUGUCGGUCUAGGCUAUGCACUCAAGAUCCCAGUAAUUAUGGCAAGUAGUACAAUAGACUUGCCUUGGUUGGAUAAAUCAAUUGGCCAACCAAUCAACACUGCAUUUUUCCCAGCUUUCUUCACAGGUCACUCUCAUCCUAUGUCCUUCUUUCAACGUCUCCACAACACUGUCAAGGGCCACACUAAUAUCUUCCGCUUCGAACGUUACACUGAUGAAGUGCAAAAUUCUCUAAUGAGAAAAUAUAUUAGUCCAGACAUACCACCCCUACAUGAGCUUGAAAAAAAUAUUUCAUUGGCCCUGGUGAAUUCUUUUCAUAGUUUGAAUGGAGUGAGACCACUGGUUCCUAAACUAAUAGAAGUUGCAGGACUUCAUGUUGAGGAACAUUUUGAAGAAAUGCCUCAGGAUCUAGAGAAAUGGAUGAAUGAAAGUACUGCAGGAGUAAUUUACUUCACUCUAGGAUCUAUGGUCAACAUUGAAACCUUUACAAAUGAAGUCAUGCGAGCUUUUUAUUCAGCAUUCUCUAAAUUAGCUCCAAUAAGGGUGUUAAUGAAAGUAGCUAAUAAAGACAAGUUGCUACCAGGUCUUCCUAAGAAUGUAAGGACCUCAUCCUGGAUCCCUCAAAUUGCGGUUUUUGCUCAUAAAAAUACCAAAGUUUUUAUUACACAUGGAGGUCUUAUGGGUACUCAAGAAGCACUCACUUAUGGAGUACCAAUUGUAGGAAUUCCACUUUUUGGAGAUCAGUUUUCAAAUAUCGAGCAUUAUAUGGCCAAGAAUAUGGCAUUGAAGCUCGAUAAUAAAAAUCUUACAGAAGAAUCUAUUUAUACGACUUUGAAGGAAAUUUUGAAUAAUCCCAAGUAUAGUGAAGCAGCAAAAUAUGAAGCAGCUCGCUUCCGAGAUCGUCCAUUAUCUGCUAUGGAAACUGCAAUGUAUUGGAUAGAAUAUGCCAUAAGAAAUGAUCCAAGUGCUUUGAAAUCACCUGCUGUAGACAUGCCCUGGUGGCAAGUAGCUCUGCUUGAUGUCUAUGGAUUCUUGCUGAUAUGUAUUAUUAUUUUAUCUUAUCUAAUCUUCUUAAUACUCAGAGCAUGUGCAGCCGUUUUAUUUUUCACAUCAGCUAAGAGGCAUCACAAAGUUGCAAAAUCAAGAUUAGAAAUUAUCUUCCUGGACGAUCUUUGCGGUCAUUAUCUGAAAAUGAGGUCACUAAAUUGUGCGAUAGCCAUCAUAGUGGCGAUGGCAUUUUAUUGUCAGACAUCCCAAUCAUUGAGAAUACUUGGAGUUUUUCCCAUUGCUGGUUCAAGCCAUUUUAUUCCAGGCGGUGAACUGAUGAAAGCAUUAGCACGCAAGGGACAUAAAGUUGAUGUUAUCAGUCAUUUUCCACAGAAAAAACCUAUCCCUAACUAUACUGAUAUCAGUUUAAGAGGAAUAGCACCGAUAGCUACAAAUAACAUAAGCUUUGAGAGCACCAAAAAUUUUACAAGUUUUUCUAUGCAACGGUUCGUUAACAUGGCUGGUAUUGAAGUGUGUGAUCUAUUAUCCAAGCCUGUCUAUCAGGAUUUUUUAAAAAAUACUCCAAAGGGAAUGUAUGAUGUUGUCAUUGUUGAGAUGUUCGUAAGUCAUUGUUACUUAGCACUUGGUCAGCACUUAAAUGCUACAUUAGUUGGUCUAGUUGUGUCUAAACUCCAUGAUUGGCUUUAUGGUCCGUUUGGAGUUCCUUUUAAUACAGCUUAUAUACCCAGCUUGUUCUCAAGCUUCAGCCAGAAGAUGACAUUUUUAGAACGACUUCAGAAUACAUUCAUGAAGACAAUCAUUGUUCCACAGAUAAAUUAUUAUAUGGAAGGUCAAAUACCUCAAGUUGAAAAAUAUUUUGGACGAAAAUUGUCUAGUAUGUCUGAGUUGUAUGAUGAUGUUAGCCUUUUGCUUCUUAAUUCACAUCACAGUAUUUAUGAUAACAUACCCACGCCACCUGGAGUAGUGGAAAUUGGCGGAUUUCAUGUGAACGAUGACCAGCAAGAAUUACCUUCGGAGAUAAAAUCCUGGUUAGAUAACAGUAAGGAUGGUUGUAUAUAUUUUUCAUUCGGUUCAAUGGUAAGAAUCGAGACAUUUCCAGCACCAACACUCAAAGCAUUUUACGACAUGUUUGAAAGAAUAGCACCGGUUCGAGUAUUGUUAAAAAUAGCAGAUCCCACAAUUUUACCUCAUGGUCUGCCAAAAAAUGUUAUCACUUCGCCUUGGUUACCACAAAGAGCAGUAUUAAAACACAAAAACAUAAAACUGUUUAUAACCCAUGGAGGACUUAUGGGAACUCAAGAAGCACUCACUCUUGGUGUUCCUAUGCUGGGAAUUCCUGUUUUUGGAGAUCAGCACACUAAUUUGGCAAUGUAUGCUAGGCGAAAAAUUGCUAUAGUUCUGAAACAUGAGGACAUUACUUCAGAUUCACUGACUGAAGCAGUAACAACUAUAAUUCAUAAGGAUCCAUCGUUCAAAGAGAACAGCGAAAGAUUAUCAAAAUUAUUCCUCGAUCGACCAAUGAGUGCAAUGGACACUGCAAUUUAUUGGGUGGAAUACGUAGCUAGACAUGGAUCCAUACUAAAAUCUCCCGCAACAGAAUUAUCCUGGUGGCAAUACUACUUAAUAGACGUUUAUGGUUUCUUUUUAGCCUGUAUAUUAAUUGCCCUUUAUAUCAUUAAAGUGGUGAUGAAAUUAACAUGUAGGCUUAUCUGCUCUAGUAAAUCUUGCGAAAAGUCUCCAAAUGUCACGAAAACCAAGAAAAACAAGUGAUAUAAAUUUUGUUUUAUCUCCUAAGGUUAAUGUAGAUAGACUGUAUAAUAUUUUAUAUGAGUGUACUCACUUUAACGUCUA